GUACUGUUUUCAGUUUUGUCAGUUUCAGUUUAGUGUGCUACCUGAUGCGGUGCAGUUCCGUCGUGUUCUCUUGUCGAUAAAUCGAGCGUGAGGGAAUAAACCUGUUGAUUAAUUAUCUAACUGUUGAAUCGUAAUUAUUAUUAUUACUGAAAUGUUUGAGUUAAACAAUAAAUUGUGAUCAUUUAUUAUAAAGUUUUUUUUUAAGUUUUUGUCUUUUUUUGGAAGAAUAAGAUUACGGUUUGAACAUUACAAAUGGAUAUUCCGUUUGUUGAAGGUUGGAAUAUUGUUCAAAUAUUGGGCGAAGGAACAUUUGGCGAAGUAAAACUUUUAGUAAAUCAACGUAAUCGAAGCUUUGUAGCCAUGAAAACAAUAGAUUUACUAAACUAUUCCAAUGCAUUAGCGACGGUAAAAAAAGAAGCAGCUAUACAUUGCCGAUUGAAUCAUCCAAGUAUAAUAAAAUACUACGGUCAGCGCCAUUGUAAAGAUAAUUAUUAUAUAUUUUUAGAAUAUGCAUCUGGAGGUGAAUUAUUUGAUCGAAUUGAACCUGAUGUUGGAAUGCCAGUGUCUGAUGCUAGAAAAUUCUUCAAAGAGUUGAUUGCUGGAGUUGAUUAUUUACACAGUAAUGGUAUAGCACAUAGAGAUUUGAAACCAGAAAAUUUACUAUUGGACGUUAAUGGAAAUCUAAAAAUAAGUGAUUUUGGAUUGGCUACUUUAUUUUUAUCUGGUGGAAAACGGCGUAAACUGGAUAAAAAUUGUGGAACUCGGCCUUAUUUAGCUCCAGAAGUUCUUUCAUCUGUACCUUUUCAAGCAGAACCUUCUGAUAUUUGGUCAUGUGGUAUUAUACUGGUUUCAAUGCUUGCUGGAGAGUUACCUUGGGAUAUGCCAUCUGAUAAUGAUAACGAUUAUAAAUUGUGGAAAACUACUGACUAUGCUAAUCAUUCACCAUGGUCUAAAUUAGAUACUUUAGCUUUGUCUCUUGUAAGAAAGAUAUUGACACCAACACCAUCUAAAAGAUAUGACAUAUCACAGAUUCAAUCACAUCAUUGGUUCAAAAAGUCAGAAACUUCUGGUAACAAAAAAGUUCGGUCUGACCGAGAUUUGGAUGAUGAUCGUCAAUGUUAUUCUCAACCAGCAACAACAGCUAAUCUGUUUGAUUCAUCCAUAUUAUCAAGUGAUACUGAAAUACACUCAUUUUCUCAGCCAACACAGGUUGAUGAUCUUCUGCUUUCUUCGCAACUUUUUACAUCACAGUCCACUUCUACGCCGCCACCAAAUAAUUCUAUGCAGAGAUUAGUCAAAAGAAUGACUAGAUUUCUUGUCUCUUUGUCGUCGGAAGAGGCAUUAACCAAUUUAUCAUUGUUUCUCGAUGAUUUGGGAUAUACAUGGAAAAUGAACUCACCUAGUUUGGUUACAAUUACUACUACAGAUCAGCGCUUAGUGUUUAAAUCUAAUGUAAUUCCAAUGAAUGAUCAAACUCUGAUUGACUUCAGACUUUCGAGAGGCUGUGGCUUAGAAUUUAAGCGUCAUUUUGUUUCCAUUAAAAAUGCAAUGUCUAAAUUGAUUUCCAGAGUUCCAUUUUAAUGGCCUGUUGCUACUAAAACUGAAACUGUUCCAUAUGAUAUUUAUAGUGAAAUAAAUGCGAUUAAGACUGUGAUUUAUUGUAGAUUGAUUUAAAAUAAUUUUACUUAUGCUGCACCAAAUUGGAAAUAAUAAUGUUUAAUAUGUUUGUCAAUGAAUUAUAACAAAAUAAUUUACUAUUAUCUAUUAUGUAACUUAUUAAUUACAUACAUGUAACAUAGAUUUAAGGAAUAUUUACUUUUUAGCUUUAGUAUAAAAAUGUUUGAUAACAUAUUAUAUUGAUUCCUACUUUUUUAUUUUCUCAAUCAAUAGUAUGAAA